GCGGUGGCGGUCAGUCGCACGCACUCGGCAGGCGAGACCGCACGUCGCGUCGCGCCGCGUUUUGCCCACAGCUGGGCGUUUACGUUACAAAAUCGCGAACUCCGAGCUCCAUUUGCGAUCUACUGAUAACCGCGACGCCGAUUUCACUCGGAAUUGGACCUUAAUUCUAAACUCGUACAGUCUAUAAUUUCUGAUUACCGCGCUAUCACAGUUACGGAAUUGAUUGAACCGUGCGCACAGUGAGCGGACUACAUCUUACUUUGCGGUCAAAAGUACAAAGAUACAAUGAAUAUCGACAAAACAGAGGAACUUAUCGAAAUAGUCCGCCAUUACCCUAUACUGUACGACACGUCACACGACGAAUAUAAAGAUGGGAGACUAAAAAACAAAAUUUGGGAAAGUAUCGCCGAGUCUUUGCAGGAACAUGAUGGAGAUAUCCCCAAAAGCCGUUGGAAGAACCUCAAGGAUUCCUACAGCAAGCACCUACGAGCGGCCAAGGGUGAGACGUCCACCUACAUCGACCGCUACCGCUACUGGCCCUGGGUGGAGCCGAUGUCCUUCAUGCAGCCCUUCAUAGAGGGCAUGCCCACGCGCGCCAACCGCGGCGUCAGGAAGCGCAAGCUGUUAAAGGACACCCAGAAAGCCACUGACGACUCACAGAAGACCACAGAAACAGAAGAACUGAUGCCGAUACCGAAAAUCAAAGGAGAAAACACAGAAUCAGAGUGUGAAGAUCCCAUCUUUGUGAUAACGCAACCGGCGCCCGAACCCCAACCCCAACCAGAAAUAGCUCAGUACUAUAUAAAGAACGAUGUAAGUACAAACAGCAUGAGCAAUAUGAACACGGCGGACUAUGACGAGACAGACCUGAUCUUCCUAGGGUACUCCAAGCUGAUUAAGAAGCUGUCGCGGAGGCAGCAGGCGGCGGUCAAGUUCAAGAUAGCCAAGGUCAUAAUGGAGGCCGAGCUGGAAGGGGAACCGCCCACCAAGAAGAAAUCCAAACUUAGCAACGAUGAACACAAGUCUGACGACAAUUCUUAGUUGACACAUGUUGAAUUUUUAGGUUUUAUUGUUCACACAAUGUGUAAAUAAACGUGUUCAAUUCUAAAGAGGUCCAUGAUGCUCAAAUAAAUAAAUAAUUGUUUGUAUGGGAUCGACAUUCCAUAAAUCGUUCAUUUAUUAAUUCAAGAAGUGUUAAUUUUUAGUUUACAAGUUGUGAAUUUCGAUGUCGAUAAAUUCGUUUAUUAGUUUACUCUGCCAAAUAGUGUAAAUUAUUUGUUAGCUAUUGUUACCGUUAUGUAUGUAGGUAAUUAUCUUUCAUUGUGUUAUUUGCAAUUAAUUGAUAUCAGGGCAGGAGUAGGUACUUCCAGAACAUAUUAGUAAGACUUGUCAUUACGAUAUUAAAGGUGGACCUUUACCUAAUUUGCUCAUUAAUAUCCGUUACUUAAACAGUUCCAGGUACUCAUCAUUUAUUAAUGUCCUUUCCAAAAGGCGAUUAUCUUUAUGAGUUAUAUAAGAUAAUAAAUAAAUAAUGAGACUGUCGGAUAAGCUUUUCGAUUGGCUGACAGCUGAUAACUAAAACACAGUAAACUUGACCAAAUUAUAAAUGAUUGUGACAUGAUACAGUUACCUAUUAUUGUAAUUGUAAUUGGUAUUUUUUAAGUUUUUCGUAAUGUUUUUCUUAGAUUUCAUAAACUUGUACAGUCAGUAGAAAUUACAACUUCACCAAUGACCAAUUAUACUUUGAACUUUAUAGAUACCAAGGAAUUCGUAGGUCUACUGACACUGCACAUAAAUAUUUUGUAAAAAAAAAUCUUGAUUAAAAAGUGAUACCUACUUA